AUGUCCAAAGCGCGCUCCUUCAAGUCCUCCGCCCCGCGCAAGUCGGAGGUACCGCCUGGCUAUGUCGCGGACCCUAAUCAAGGACCGAUGCUGCGGUAUGAAGCGUCGCUGCCACGCCUUCCCGUCCCCACCCUCUCCUCUACCGCCGCGAAGUACCUCGAGACGGUCGAGCCGCACCUCACGCGCGAACAGUUCGCGAAGACGCAGGCUGCCGUGAACGCGUUCGUGGGCUCCGAACAAGGCAAGAUCUUGCAGGAGCGUUUACAGGCUCGUGCAUCGGACCCGAACACGAAGAGCUGGCUGUCGGAGUGGUGGAAUGAGACGGCGUACAUGGGAUACCGCGACCCGGUGGUCGUGUUUGUGAGCUACUUCUACGUGCAUGUGGACGACAAGACGCGGCCUACGCAGGCGAAGCGGGCGGCGCAGCUUUUGAAGGCGAUCUUGCCGUUCAGGGCUCUUGUAGAGAGCGGCCAGCUGGAGCCAGAGAAGGUGCGUGGUGCGCCUCUUGCGAUGUCUUCGUACGAGUGGCUUUUCCACUCGUGCCGAUACCCCACGAAGCCGUCGGACACCGCUCGUAAGUUUGAUCACGCGAAGCACAACCACGUUGUGUUCGCCCGGAAGAACAAGUUCUACAAAGUCGCGCUCGCGGACAGGUCCGGGCGUGAACUCUCCGCGGCGGAGCUCGAGGCGCAGAUCGAGAAAGUGAUCGCGUUGGCGGGCAGCGAGAAGGCGAUACCUGUCGGCGCGCUGACUUCGGACAACCGCGACAUCUGGACAGACGCUCGCGCCACUCUGCUUGCCGCAUCUCCUGCCAACGGCGCGUCAUUAGAGGAAAUCGAGUCCGCGAUCCUGGUCAUCUGCCUGGACGACACGAAGCCCGUCACGCGCGAACACGCGAGCUGGGAGUGCUGGGUCGGCGACGGCAAGAACCGCUUCUACGACAAGCACCAGCUGAUCGUGUUCGAGAACGGCAAGUCCGGGUUCCUCGGCGAGCAUUCGUGCAUGGACGGCACGCCCACGCUGCGCUUGAACGAGUUCAUCCUCGCGGCGCUUGCGCACAACAAAGUCGAUCUCGGCUCUGCCCCGACGAAUGCGCAGCUCGAGCCGCCUCAAGAGCUCACAUUGACGCUUGACGCCCAAACUAAGAAGAAUAUUUCUGAAUCGGAGGCACGCUUCGACGAGCUCGUCGGUGCGCACGAGAUGGAGGUGCUGCACUACGAGGGGUACGGGAAGGAGUUCAUCAAGGGGCACAAGGCGUCGCCGGACGCGUGGGCGCAGAUGGUGAAGCAGCUCGCGUUCCACAAGAUGUUCGGGCGGCCGGGCGUAUGUUACGAGAGCGCGCAGACGCGUAAGUACCAGCUCGGGCGCACGGAGGUUAUUCGGAGCGCGAGCAAGGAGAGCAAGGCCUGGGCGGAGGCGAUGCUCGACGCUAGCCAAUCGGACGAGCACCGUGCGGCGCUAUUCCGCAAGGCCGUCUCGCGUCAUUUGCAAUAUGCCGCGUGGGCGGCGGAUGGUCAGGGCGUGGAUCGCCAUUUGUUCGGCCUCAAGAAGUGCCUGAAGGAGGGCGAGCCGGUGCCGGAGAUCUACACUGACGAGGCGUUCUCGAAGACAAACCACUGGGAGCUGUCCACUUCGCAGCUCUCCUCGCCGUACCUGGACGGCUGGGGCUACGGUGAAGUCGUUCCUGACGGCUACGGCCUCUCGUACUCGAUCGGCGACCACUACAUCCGCUGGACGAUCACGAGUCUGAAGCUGCGCACGGCGGAGCUCAAGCACUUCCUUGCGGAGGCCGCGACCGAGACGCGCGCCAUGAUGGAGCGCGCGGCCGCAGAGGCCAAGAAGAAGGAGGCAGAGAAGGCGAAGCUCUAG